AUGACUGAGGAGUAUACUGACAUUUACAACAACAUCGAUGACUAUGAAGACCAGUUGUGUCGCAAAGAAGAGGUGGUAAAAGUCGGAUCUAUUCUCAUUCCAUUCUUUUUCACAGCAGUGGUUGUAUUGAGCUGCAUCGGUAACAUCCUCGUUCUGGUUUUCCUUGCACUCUACAAAAGCCUCAGACGCCUGACUAACGUCUUCAUCCUCAAUUUAGCUCUGUCAGAUCUGCUGUUCACUUUUGGACUUCCGUUUUGGGCAUCAUACUAUAUUUCUGGUUGGACAUUUGGAGAGGUUGGCUGUAAAGCUGUGACGUUUUUCUUCUAUGUGGGCUUUUACAGCAGUGUGUUGUUCUUGACUCUAAUGACCGUUCAGCGUUACAUGGCAGUGGUUCAUCCUCUGUCCGACUGGGAGAGAUGCAGAGGCCUUUCAGUCUCUUCUUUUAUCGUUUGGAUCCUGAGUGGAACGGCUGCACUGCUCGGUUCACUUCAUAGUGAAGUCAUGAUAGAAUCUGACAGCCAAUACUGUGAAUAUGGCAGUGUUGAAUGGAAAUCUGGCAUUGCUUAUUUUCAAAAUGCUUUUUUCUUCAUGGCAUUUGUAAUCAUGGGUUACUGCUAUGGCAGAAUGCUUCGGACGAUCACAAAAUCACGGACUAAUAAGAGACACAAGACUGUUAGACUAACAUUUUUUAUCGUGCUGUUGUUUUUUAUUGGUUGGGCUCCAUAUAACAUUGUCAUGUUCUUAAAAUCUUUGACAAUCCAUCCAUUCACAGACUGUGAAGUAAGCAUAAGACUUGACUAUGCAUAUUAUGCUUGCCGAAUGUUAGCUUUCUCACACUGUUGCAUAAACCCAGCGAUUUUAGUUUUUGUAGAUGCAAAGUUUUGUAAUACUUUACGAGAAAUUUCAAGGAGGUUUUGUUUUGUGUAA